AUGACAGCCAACGCUAGAACAGGCAUGAAGAAACGAUGUGCGCCAAAAGCAUUACAACAUAUCACGCUACGAGAAGUACACGUCGAUCGCAUUGCGCGAGAUCCAAUACAUGACACUACCACGAAGGCCUUCUAUGUAACCUUCCUGGCGCAUUUCACCGUAGAUGGCGAGCGGAAGGAUAUCCAAAAUCAAUUGACAUGGCUCCAACUUCUACCAGAUCUAGCUACGAAGCAUUCCGACGAUGCUCUAGUCCUCGCCCUGCAAGCAACAGCGACCGCCUACGGCGCCAUCAUGAGCUCUAAUGCAUCAAUGACUAAGCACGCUGCGGAAUUGUAUGGCACUGCACUCCGUGCACAUCAUAUUUUGCUGCAGAAGUCAGGAUCCAAACACAAUAUCACGAUACAUGCAGUCUCCACGAGCGUACUGCUCAGCUUUUUUGAGGCCAUGCAGGCUACCACCACCGACGCAUACCGCGUCCAUAUCUACGGGGCAGCAAAGUUGCUGGAAAUCACCGGACCAGGAGAGUGCGCAUAUGGUGUGCUAUGCCAACUCUUCUAUCAUGUCAGAACACAGAUUGUGUUCAUUCAGCUGGCGUCGAGUCACCACAGCCCCCCGAUGUCUACAAAGGAAAUAUUAUAUGACACACUGCUGUACAAAAAUCCACCACUGAUUCAGAGGUUGAUGUGUUGUAUCGUUAAGUUAAAUGUCUUGGGUGCUGCAACAUCUAAUGCGAUUGGGCAGGAUGGAAUGGCUUUUCCGUCAUUGAGGCUCCAGGUCGAUCAUCUUUGGAAUGAAUACAGCCAGCAAAGGGGAGAUAAUACUAAACAGCACGAUGCCAUCAUGGGGAGUGACUCUUUCAGCGACGGUUACAUGGCGCUGACAAUGGCCUACUUUGGUUCAGCCAAGAUCCUUCUUGCAAUCCGCGGUCCCAACAUCGUGGACCCUGCAGAUUCGGAGCACAACUUUCAACUCAUUCUAGACGCAGCGACGUAUCUUGACACUCAUCACAAUGCGAUUGCGUUCAUGCGCAUGGCCACACCACUCGUUUUAGUGGCAUUGUAUGCACAAUGUCAUGAGCAGUAUCAGGGCGCGAUCAACAUCUUCGAGAUCUGGUUGAAGAGUGGCAUGAGAGGCAUCAGUACACUUGCUUUGGAUGCCGUGAGUCGUCAAGCGGGGGAAGCACACAAUGUGCGGGGCUACAACAUGUUCCCCGGAUUCUACGAGCGCAGAUGA